CCCGCCCUGCCCCGCUCCGCCUUCCCGGAGCGAGAAACCGAAAGAGACGCCCUCCCUUGCGCUCCGCUCGCUCCCCGCUUGGAAAUGUCCGGGUUUAGUUUGGAUCUGGGGCCCGCCAAGGAGCCGCUCGGCUUCAUCAAAUUCCUGCAAUGGAUAUUCUCCAUUUUUGCCUUCGCUACCUGUGGUGGAUACAGUGGGAAGACAUCUAUACUGCUCACCUGUAAAAGUAAGGAAAAUGUCACCUGGAGCCAGGAUUUCUUCUAUCCUUUCAGGUUGAACAAAAUUUCCUUUGGACCUCUGGGCUCAGGAGUAAAUUGCAACAAUACUUGGCCCAAGCCCAGCUACUUGGUGGGAGAUUUCUCCUCCUCAGCGGAGUUCUUUGUCACUUUUGCAGUUCUGGUGUUCCUGUACUGCAUUGCAGCCUUAAUUCUGUACCUCGGUUACAUGCACUUGUAUCGAGGUGCUGGAAAACUCCCCAUGAUUGACUUCAUCUUUACAGUCAUCAUUGCUUUCCUGUGGUUGGUCAGCACAUCGGCCUGGGCGAAGGCACUUGUCGAUAUCAAAGCAUCCACCGGCCCCAGCAUAGUUACGGGAAAUGAGUAUUGUACUUCACAGCCUGGGCUUUGCCAUUUCAAUGAAAUCAGGAGGAUGGGAUCCUUGAAUGUGUCUGUGGUCGUUGGCUUCCUCAACCUGAUUCUGUGGGCCGGCAGCGCUUGGUUUGUCUACAAGGAAACCCACCUACAUAGUCCUCCCUCCAGCGCUUCUCCGAACGCAACCAGUUCCCAGUCUCCUUCAGGGAUGUGAAGGGCCUGAAAAGGCCUUGGAUAUGGAAAAGCACCUCUCACCUCAGGAUGAUCCUCACGGCUGUCCCCUCCCCUCCCCUCCUCCAUUGUGUAAUUGAUGUGUGAAAAAUCGAUGGGUUUCAUGUUUUCGCUCCCACGCCGGGGCCAGAACCAAAAGUGACACCAUACACGAGAGAACCAUUACGCUGCACAAAAGCUUGUUCUCUGCAUUGGAAAAAAGAAGGUUUCGUGUCUCAGGUUCGAAGGCUCCCCCACCCCCAUGUUAAUAAUAAAAAGUUGAGCGAGCAGCAUUUCAAUUGAUUGAAGGCAGCUUGUCUUGUGUGUGAUUAGAGUUGAGUUGUCCCACUCGGGUUAUGAAGUGCCACCUCUUUUAUCAGUGUAUGCUUCCUUAGAAGGACGUCCCCCCUGAAUUCAGUGGGGCUGACUGUCAAGUAAGCAUGCUUAGGAUCUCCCCUCUGGAUUCCCCCAGAAGGGAGUUGCAUUUAAAGUGUCCAGUUUUAUACAGAUCUUGCCUUUCUGUGACUGCUGUCCAGAAUGCAUAAAAUGCCUGGGCUUUGCAGUCAGUUUACGUGGAACUCUAAAUAACUCUUAACCUUCACAUUUGUCUCUCUUGAAAAUUCUUUUAAAACUAGAAAAGGUAGAAUGCUAGUAGUUGGUUUCCCUGCCCCCUCCCUCCCCCCCAGUCUCACCUGCAAAGACUUGGCUAACAUGGCACAACUUGAAGCUCCACAGCCACCUGCAUCCCCUCCCUCCCUCCCUUGGUGCAACAGUUCUAAAAGAGGCCACUUAAAUUGUAAUCCUGAAUGUUGUUGAAUAUUGUGAGACCCACAGGCAGUAAUCUUCCAGAUUGUAUUUAAUUAGCUUUUUAAUGACACUUGAAUUCAGAUUAGGUUUUAGCUUGGCCUGGACUUCUCUGCUUCUUUUCACAAGCUGGAAGGGGGUCUCCUCAAAUGUCACUCACUGGCUUAGCGUGAUUCGAAAAUAACGGUGCAACCUUAACGCAGGAAGGCAGUUAAUUCUGCUGAUGAAUUCAGGGAACCUGCAGGAAAGGUGAUAUCUGGUCCCGGCUCCCAAUUUGUUGAAAGGAACCCUAAACAAAGAGUUUAAUUUCUAGUCCUUCUGGCAGUCAAGACAUCCUGUAGAAUAGGGAUCAGCAUCACUCAAGGCUGUGAAUUUAUGCUUCUUCCUCUUAAAAUAUGUUCAAUCCAACCCAAAGCAAAAUCUGUAUGCCAAAGAAUUCAGGGCUUUAUGUAAACUGUACAGAAGCAUGAAAAAAAAAAUAUCAUACCACAAAGGAGUUUGCAAUUGCUUAUUUUCUGUCAAGCGCCAGGAAAUUCAGGAGAUCCAGACAGUUCAAAUGGGUAUAAAGUUUUACUGUAAGCUUGAGCUCAUUACAAGAAUCUGAACUACUAAGGACCAAGGGAAAUUAGCGGGAGAUAAGAAUAGAAGGAAUUCAAGUUGGGCUGGACUUAGAUCUCUUGUGGGCACGAAAGGGCUCGAGACUGAUGACGUGUUUGACCCCUCCCUCAGGCUCAGCCUGGCCAUCUCCUACAUUUUCUGGGUAAAUGUACAUUUUGUGAUUGCAGAAUUUGGUGUUGGGUUUGGGGCUGGUGGUUUUUCUGACAUAAUUUUCCAGAGAUCUUGGUUUCAAAACUCUCAUCCAAAUAUUUGGUCUUAAUUUUCCUUUUAAAAUUGGCUAGAAGUUGAGGUUCUGUUUGUCACGAUGUCAAAUACCAGAAACAGAGAAGGCAGGAUCUCUGGAAGUGAAAAUGUAUCUUGCAUGGUUUUUAUUUUUUAUUCUAACUAUCGAUAGGAGAGAAUAUUUGUAGUUCAAGGUUGAAUUGUAAGAGUCCUUGGUGCUCUCUCAGCAUGAUGUUGUUCUUGUAAACGUUUCAUUGCCACACUAGGUAAUCUUAUCAAUGCAUUUAUGCUAAUUUUUAUCAUUGCCGUGUAGGAAUUUGCCCCAUUCACUGCUCUUCUGUUGCCUUGGUUGUUGUCUUUACUACCAACUUGCUUUUGCCAAGGUAUGUGGUUGUGGAAAUCCACAAAAGUUUCCAAUUGCAAACUUACGUAAAGGACACGUAUGUGUUCUUUGGAUUGAUUCUUAAAGUAAUGGACAAUGCGAUCAGCCACGUAUCAAUUUUUCCUCUUGAUUCCUAUUCAUGCCUAGAUCUUAGGGUGCUUGUAUGAGUUUUCCCCUUUUAAUAUAAUUUGCAUUUACUUCCUUCAUGGCCUUUAUUGGAUUUACAGUUGUUUUCAUAGUAAGAUGUUGCAAUUAAACCUUCAAUUUUUAUAUUUUGUUAGGAACAGCACCUAAUCUCCCCACCCCCCAACAGUCUAUACCAGUGGUUCCCAACUUUUUGGGGGGCCAUGUCCCACCUAAGCAUCUCUAACAUCCCGAUGCCCCCUCCCCCCGUGACAUAUAAUUCUUACUUUACUCAAAAAAUGAACUCUACUCACGCGGAGGAAGCCUAAAAGGCCAUUAAUUUGGUUUAAACAAGGUUCAAAUUGCCUCCCAUUAAAAAUCAAAUCAACUCCCUGUUGUUUUGUUUUUUUUAAUUUGAUUUAUAUGCCGUCCUUCUCCGGAGACUCAGGGCGGCUUACAAUGUGCUCAGCAAUAGCCUUCAUCCUUUUGUAUAUUUAUACAAAGUCAGCUUAUUGCCCCCACAACUGGGUCCUCAAUUUACCUACCUUAGAAAGGAUGGAAGGCUGAGUCAACUUUGAGCCUUGGCGAGAUUCGAACUUAACAGUAAUUGCAGACAGCUGGUGUUAAUCACAAUGCUAUCAGUCUGCUGAGCCACCAGGCCCUAGAGUUCUGGACCUCUUUUAGAAGUCAGACCUUAUUACAAGUAGUCCUCACUUAGUGACCACAAUGGAGGUCAUUGCCAGCCUUCCUGGUAAAACAGACAAGGAAACAUAACCAGGAGAGCGAAUUCUACUUUAUUAUAAGGCUCCGUUAACAGAAUCUUGCAAGUCUGAAAGGACAACUCGCCCGCCGUCUCUUUUACAGCUUGAGAAGUUAAGAAGGAUCCUUUCUGAGUUUCUUUCUCUGCCCGUUAUGCAGCUGAGGGCUGUACCCUCUUUUAUCUGGUGGUUCUCAAGGCUGCAUCUCUCUCCAGCCCAUCCCCUCUCCCAAAGUCAUUCCCACUUGCCAUUACAUUUGCUAAGCGAAACAUCAUGUGACUGCAAUGGGCUUACAGUGUCGCUUUCUGUUCAGUGGUUAAGCGAAACAUGAUAUGAUGAACAACUUGCAAUUUUACUGCUGGUUUCUGCUUAUUGGAAGCCAGCAGUGAAAUGUGCAGGUGACUGUGGGAAAUUGCAGCAGUUGUAGAUUCAAGGACUGGUGUAAAGUGACUUUUUCAGUGCCGCUGAAACUUCAAAAGGCCUCUAAACAGGACAGUCAUUAAGUGAGAUCUGCCUGUAAGUAAUCUUCAAAAGGUCUCUAAACAGGACAGUCAUUAAGUAAGAUAUACAUGUAAGUAAUCUUCCCUGACCCAUCCUAUGUUUUCCUGGAUAUCUGCAAUUCUUUCUUUGGCCAGUUGGUGGUGCUAAAGGAAGUGGACGUUGACAACAUUGUUGGUCGUGACCAUCCUAGCUGUGAAAACUGACCUCUUCGCACACAAAUCCCUGACCAACAUUGAAUGAAACUUCUUGAGGGUUGGGUGAAAGUAUCCCAAAGAGACCAGAGGUGGGUUUCAGAUAUUGUUACCACCAGUUCGCUCACACACGCAACUUCUGCACAUGCGCCCAGCCUCGAAAACGUGGCUAAAUAGGAUGACAUAGAAACAGGGGCAGGUGGGCGUGGCCACCCGUGAUCUCUGCUGCUGGUUCGGGUGAACCGGUCUGAACCGGCUGAAUACCACCUCUGAAAGAGACCCUUUGGCCUAAAUUUGGAAGGCAAAUACCAAUGGGUGGGUGAAAUUGCAUCUCCUAUUACAUUGCAGACGUGAGGGGACGUUUAGAAUCUUGGUCUACUCUAGGACAAUGUCUCUCAACCUUGGCAACUUCAAGAUGAAUGGACUUCAACUCCUAGCUGAGGAAUUCAGGGAACUGAAGUCCACACAUCAUAAAAAGUUGCUAAGGUUGAGAGAAUCACUGAUUUAGGAUGUCGGGUUGACUUUCCUUUCCAUAAUUCCCCUAGGAGUCAUCCCGGUGCAGCACUUUUCAGGGGCAGGAUUAUGGGAAUGUCAAAAUUAUAACUGGCUUGUCCUCUUUUUCAGCUAAUUCCAUUUUCUGCUCUUAUUUGUUAAAAUACCUUGCAGUUUUUCUACCACCAAACGGAAAUGACAAAAACAAAAAAAAAAGUGCUAGUUACAACUCAGUGUAUAGAGCAAAAGCUAACUACGAGAAAGACCCUCCAUCUAGAUUCAGGUCUUGUACAGGCAGUUCAGACACUGGAUGCAAUUAAAAUCCCAUUUAGCUGUGCAGAUUUGCUGCUGCUUUCCUUUGAAAUGCUGAAAGCAAGAAUAUUUGGAAGGAAAAUAAUGCUUCAAUAAAAUAGAGCUUUCUCUACUGUAUAUUUUAAUCACUUGAUAAGCAGAGCCCUCUCCAAAAUCCCUGUAAGUAACACAAAUAAAAGCUCAUUUUACGGUAUUGGCCAAAAUUGUGGAAACUUUUUGGAAAAAGUGUAUUUUCUAAAACUAGCUAAUAAUGCAUAUAUGUAGAGAGAGAGAAAGAGGGAGAGAGAGAGUAAUAGCAUAAAAUUAUAUAUCAAUGGAAAGAUAAUUUAAUCAAGAAUGUAAUGCAAUAACUUUUAUGAAGGAUUUGCUAUUAGAAUAGCAGUUACAGUAUAAAGAAGAAAAGUGAAACACGUAGAAAAAACGAGGUAUACAAAAAUUAUCACAUCAGUUAAUACUUAGUUGGGUAACCUUUAGCAUGAAUUACGGCCUUACAACAUCUUCCCAUGGAGUGAACCAAGUCUUUUGAGUUCUGCAGCUGUUAUAAUGUAAAACCAAGAUGGAAUGAUGGCUUCUAUUAACUGGGUUUUAUUGCUGGGUCGCUUCUGACUAACAAGUUUCUUUAGUUGGUUCCAUAGAUUUUCAAUUAGGUUAAGGUCCGGGCUAUUCCCAGGCCAUUCCAGCAGUGGAAUAGGAUUAUCUUAAAACUCCAAAAAAAAAAAAAAAAAAAAAAAAAGUGGUGUUAUUAACCAUCAAACCUCAAAAAUACAUUUUUCCCAAAAGGUUUCCACAAUUUUGGCCACUACUGUAUAUGUUUUCCCUUCCCUGUAUAUAAAGCUGUCUGCCCUAUUCAUUCAUUUGCAGGGAAUUCCAUGUUUUGCAACUAUGGCCUUAUAUUCCUGAUCAGCUUGAACACAUUUGGAAUUGCAGUUGAUGUGCCAAUAUAUGCCUUUUGCAUCUUGUUAUAUUGGAGACAGAGGCCAAAUGCUUUGUUACAUAUAUAUAUAUAUAUAUAUAUUAAAGAAGUUCAUGUACACCUUGAGAGUUUCCCGCCGUCUCAUCCAAAUUAUUUGGAAAAUGUAUGUGUGUCUGUGCACAACUGGUUUAAUAAACAUACUUUGCUCACUGAUCAAA